AUGUGUCAAACUAGAGGGGACAAACCAGGACUGUCAAAAAAAGCCCCAAGGCUACCGCUGGGGUCUUUGCAUAAUAUAGUGCUGAACCAAAAAGCGAACAAGCCACCAGCAAAUGGAAAACUAUCAAAGCAGCAGAGAUUAAUGGAGGAAAUAUACAAAUCAAGGGCAACAAAGCCGCUGGAAAAGCUAUAUCGUGACAGCAGAGCACAAGAGCAACAAUCACUUGAGAGCCAGCAAUUGGGGCAGCUGCAAAAUAAGCUUGAGGACCUUGAUAUUGGGGGAAAAAGUGAUUCUUUAUAG